AAUUUGCCCACGUUUCUGUCACAAGGCAGUAGUUUAAUUAAAGUUUUUAGAAAAUCUGUUUAUGUUUGAAGAUGUCAUUGUACAUAAGAGGAACAUCUAAAUUACUCUCACAACUAAGAUACAGUGCACGAAAGUUAUCUAUUCCAGCUGCCUCAAAAGUACACACAACCCAACAACUUAAAUCUUAUACUCAAUUAGAGACAUGGCGUGCAAAAGACGUCAAACCUCAACUGACAAGGCAACAACGCUUGUUUCACAUUACUGCAACAAAAUUUGAUGCUGUGACAGUCAAUUGUCCUCCAUUUGCUGAAUCUAUUACUUCGGGAGAUAUUGUUUGGGAAAAAGCAGUUGGUGAUUCAGUUGAGAUUGACGAGAUGGUGGCUGAGAUAGAAACAGACAAAACUACAAUCCCUAUUCCUGCACCUUCAUCUGGGGUUAUUGAAGAACUCCUAGUUGAAGAGGGUGCUACUGUCACUCCUGGAACACCGCUUUUUAAGCUCAAUAGUGAUGGAGCAUCUGCUGCUCCACAGCCUGCCAAGGAAGAAGCCCCAGCAGCAGCUGCACCAUCCUCCCCAACAGAACCAGCACCAGUUUCAACUCCAAUUCCCGACACCCUUCCACCCCCACCACCCGUGCCCUCUGCUCCAAUGGCUUCCAAGAAAGUUUCUGAUGUCAAAAUUACCCCAUCAAUUGCUCCGGUUUCAGUUACAGGAUCGCGAUCUGAGCACCGAGUGAAGAUGAACAGAAUGCGGCAACGGAUCUCACAGCGACUCAAGGAUUCCCAAAACACAGCAGCCAUGCUCACUACUUUCAAUGAGGUUGACAUGACCAACAUCAUGGCCCUGAGAAAUAAGCACAAGGAUGCUUUCUUAAAGAAACAUGGCGUGAAAUUGAGCUUCAUGUCAGCUUUCAUUAAAGCUUCUGCAUAUGGUCUAACGGACCAGCCAGUGGUGAAUGCAGUGAUUGAUGAUGCUUCAAAUGAGAUCAUUUACAGAGAUUAUGUUGAUAUUAGCAUCGCAGUUUCCACCGAAAAAGGACUUGUUGUUCCUGUGUUGAGAAAUUGCGAAAAUAUGAAUUUCCUUGAAAUAGAGCAAGAGAUGACCAGUCUUGCACAGAAGGCUAGAGAGAACAAGCUUACUGUAGAAGACAUGGAUGGUGGCACUUUCACAAUUAGUAAUGGUGGAGUUUUUGGUUCAAUGUUCGGCACCCCUAUUAUUAACCCACCACAAUCAGCCAUUCUUGGCAUGCACGCCAUACUUGAUAGACCGGUAGCAAUCAACGGUGAGGUAAAGAUCCGCCCUAUGAUGUACAUCGCUCUCACCUAUGACCACAGACUGAUAGAUGGAAGAGAGGCGGUCACUUUCCUCCGCAAGAUCAAGGCAGGAGUGGAGGACCCCAGUAUUUAUCUCCUUGGAAUGUAGACGUAUUAACUUGCCUCCUGUUCCAUACCUUUUGCUGCCGUCAAUAUCUUAAUUAAAGUAGUAGCUAAAUAUUUGUGGCGCGUAUAUAGAGUAUUUAUGCUUGUUUCUUAUUUGUUUUGGCCAUAUAUACAGUUCACAAUUUUUUUGUACAGUUGCAGCCCUUUUGUUUUACGAUUUAAAAAUAUGUUUCCAAAAAGUUCUAACAAUAGUAACCUGUGAUUUGCACACCAAAAGCCACUGCACUGUUUAAGACAAAUUUAUGACAAGAAAACAAGUUUGGUUGACUUAUGUUUGGUAAAAUUGUGCAGAUUUCAAAUAUGAUACUGGUGUGCUGAAUUGUUACAAUAAAACACUGGGAAAAAA